UAACAAAUCAUUCGCUUCGUGCUCGCAUCAAAUAUCAAACAGCUGACAGGGUCUGUCCCUGCCGGUUCAGACCACUGUUUUUUUUUUUAUCAACCUAUUUAAAUUUAAAUAUCGACUUGUAUCGAAACGGUUUAGAUACCUACACAGCACAUACAAGCGCGAGUAUAUAUUACUUAUAUGAUAUUUUGCCGGUAUUUUUUUUUCAAAUUUGUGGCGCUCAUUAAAGAUAUUCUAGUUUAAACAUGACGAUGGUGUCAGUAAUGAGGAUAGAGAACUUAGUUUCAGUGAUAUUUUUCCAGUUUCUGGAGAUUUUUGCUGUUAAUUUACAACAUGCAGAUUUAUCUGGCCAAAUAUCAGAUAUCUCACUACCAUCAAUUACAUUUGGCAAUAACACCGACCGGAUACAUAUCGAAUAUCCCGUGCCUGGAAUUGAGUAUGACCAAUCAGUAGAUCAAUCAUCCCUAGACACCUGGUCUGUUAUUUGGUACAUAGCAUCCUUUGGUGGUCUGAUUCUCUUUUUUCUAAUCAUAUCCUGUAGCGAAUGGUGCUGCAGACGUAAUGCUCGUAGAAACUGUCAAUUGAACAACAAUUCACAACAGACGUCUCAAGUGGUACCAGAUACGCCUCCACCAUCUUACGACCUAUUUGCUCCUCCAUCGUAUGAAGACUUAUGGGUAGGGAGCAGUAGGGGACGAAGAGGCGAAAAAAGCGAAUACGACAUAUAUGUGGUACCUGUACAUGCUUUAGGUACCAUCAUGGAAGAAGCCAGAAGAGAAGAUGCACCACCGUCAUACCAAAGUGCAAGUACAAAUCUGGCCCAUCCAGGUGAUCUACAAGAGGUGUACUUGUCUACUGGAACAACGAGGGUGACGUGAAAAUAACAUUGAUACAAAAAUAUGUUAUACAAGACUGCUAUUUUGAUUUUAUUUAAAUUAAGAGGUUAUUAUUUUCUUGUCAAUUUUCAUAAUAUUUAUUUUCGAUUUGGUAAAAUAAAUUAUUAUGAUUUAUUGUUUUCAAGAAAAAAUAAUAAACACAUAGCUUAAAAACAGCAUAAUGUGAGUGACUAAAAAUCAAAAAAUAUGAAUAAAACUGAUACCAUUAAUUAUUGUAAUGCGAUGAAUUUCAGUUUCUCGAUUUUUGGGUCUUCCAUACCUAGGUACCUAUACUGAUUUGGGGUACCUAUUAUAUCUCAGCGAAUGAUGAGAGCGAUAAUUUAUAUUACUGAUUGUAAAAAAAUGUCACGACUACAUCGCAAAGACUAAUAUACAAUAUGUGUGACUAAUUAAAAAACCAAUUUGAAAACAUCCCGUUUUCAAAAGGAAAAAAGGUGUCCCACAAACACUUGAUCGCCUGAUAAUGUAAUAAUUAGAUUUAGCACUACGACCGUCUCUAAUCAUAUUAUGCGUUCGUAAACAUUUCAGAAUAAAGUAUAAUAUGACAUGUGGCUUCAUUUAUUCAAGGAUUAGAUAGAAGUGCCUACUUGACAAAUAUUUUCUAUACAAUUUAAAAAAUAUAUAAAUCAUAUCAUGUAAUCCUUAAAUCCUUAAAAUCAUAUCAAACACCUUCCACAUAAUGUAUUCAAGAGGAGUUUCUGGAAAUAUAUAUCUGGCAAUAGGAUUUAGGAAAGUUCCUUGAUGCGAAACUAAUUCAUUUAUUAUAAUAUAUACCUACAUUCCAAAGAUAUUAUUCUUAUUCUUUACAAAAAUUGUAUAAAAUUUAAAUUGCACACACGAAAAUGUUAAUAAUGAAAAUUCCUAAAAAAUCUGUGGUAUCUAAAAAAUUAAAUUCCUGACUGACAAAAUUUCAGUAUAAAAUUAGUAGCCAUUAUAGUUAUUAAAAAUUGUGAUAAAUCCUUUAAGUUAAGAUAUUUAUAUAUAAAAUAAAAACAAUGUCUCUAAGAACAGCGGAUUUUAUCUGACAUAUAAGAUUCUUCCUUGAAACCAAUUAUUCAAAUAUUACUAAAUUAAAUAAAACACACUUAAAUCUUUGGAAUAGGAUUCAAAUUUGACUAAUUUUCCUAAUUAUUUUUUAUACAAGUUUAUUGUUAGUUGGGAUAUGCUAUAUGUAUGUGCAUUUAUUGAAAACUAGUUAAUCAUAUUAUGUGUCACAAAAAGUACAAUAUUGUAUUUGUACCUGUUUGUAAAUAUCUGUUAUUUAACUAAUGGUUUGUACAGUUGCGUAAACUUAUUUAUUUAGAGUUAAGUAUUUGUGAUUUCGUAUGUGUCAUUGUUCAUUUGAGUUAUUUUUUUUACGACAUGUUAUGUUGGAAGUUUAUUGGGAAAAUACAAAUUUGAUUGUGAUUUGUGAUAUA